GGCCUCACCCUGCGGCUCAAGGAAGAGUUCUCGUUUUUCCUCUUUUUACCCCAAAUCUGCAGUUCUCCAGCGCGGUGACCCCCCCCAAAAAGUAGAACAGAGGAGGACGAUGGCGGAGGAGCCCGUGGUGCCCGUGUUCUGCACCGGGGUGUCGGCGCAGGUGCAGCGGCAGCGGGCGAAGGCGUUGGGUUUGGGGCAGCACCAGAACGCCGUGCGGUUCCGCGGCCAGGACUACGCGGCGCUGCGCGACGACUGCCUGCGCUCGGGGAGCCUCUUCAGGGACGAAACCUUUCCCCCUUCUGCUUCAUCUCUGGGCUUCCGGGAGCUCGGGCCCGGCUCUUCCAAAACCCGCGGCGUGACGUGGAAGAGGCCGACGGAGCUGUGUCGGCACCCUCAGUUCAUCGUGGAUGGGGCGACGCGCACCGACAUCUGCCAGGGAGCUCUGGGUGACUGCUGGUUGCUGGCAGCCAUCGCGUCCCUAACGCUGAAUGAGACCAUCCUGCACCGCGUGGUGCCACAUGGGCAGAGCUUCCAGGACGGCUACGCCGGGAUCUUCCACUUCCAGAUCUGGCAGUUUGGUGAGUGGCAGGACGUGGUGGUGGACGAUUACCUGCCCACCAAGGAUGGCAAACUGCUCUUCGUCCACUCCGCCGAGGGCACCGAAUUCUGGAGUGCUUUGCUGGAGAAAGCCUACGCCAAGGUGAAUGGGUGCUAUGAAGCGCUGUCGGGCGGCAGCACCUCGGAGGGCUUCGAGGAUUUCACCGGGGGGGUCACAGAGUGGUACGACCUGCGCAAGCCCCCCGCAGACCUCUACCAGAUCAUCCUGAAGGCGUUGGAGAGGGGAUCCCUCCUGGGGUGCUCCAUCGAUAUAACGAGUGCCUUCGACAUGGAGGCGGUGACAUUCAAGAAGCUGGUGAAGGGCCAUGCCUACUCGGUGACGGGAGCCAAGCAGAUCAGCUACCGCGGGCAGUCGCUGGGUCUGAUCCGCAUGCGCAACCCAUGGGGCGAGGUGGAGUGGACCGGAGCCUGGAGCGAUAACUCCUCUGAAUGGAACGCGGUGGAGCCGGCGCUGAGGCAGCAGCUGAUGGUGAGAAUGGAGGACGGGGAGUUCUGGAUGUCUUUCCGGGACUUCCUGCGGGAAUUCACCCGCCUGGAGAUCUGCAACCUCACCCCCGACGCCCUCCAGUCCCGGAAGUUCCGCAAGUGGAACACGCGGCUCUACGACGGCUCGUGGCGGCGCGGCAGCACGGCCGGCGGCUGCAGGAACUACCCCGCCACGUUUUGGAUCAACCCUCAAUUCAAGAUCUGCCUGGAGGAGGUGGACGACGACGGGGACGAUUUUGGUGGCCGUGAGCCGGGCUGCAGCUUCCUGCUGGCCCUCAUGCAGAAGCACCGACGCCGCGAGCGCCGCUACGGGAAGGACAUGGAGACCAUCGGCUUCGCUGUCUACGAGGUUCCCCCCGAGCACGUGGGGCGCUCGGGGGUCCACCUGCAGCGCGACUUCUUCCUGUCCAACGCGUCCCGCGCGCGCUCCGAGCAGUUCAUCAACCUGCGGGAGGUCAGCACGCGCCUGCGGCUGCCGCCCGGGGAGUACAUCGUGGUGCCCUCCACCUUCGAGCCCAACCGCGAGGGGGACUUCGUGCUGCGGGUCUUCUCCGAGAAGAGAGCCGACACCGAAGAAAUGGAUGACAAAAUAGAGGCGAAGCUCCCGGAUGAGAAAGUGCUGUCCGAGGGCGAAAUCGAUGAGAACUUCAAGCAGCUCUUCCGGCAGUUGGCGGGGCCGGACAUGGAGAUCAGCGUCACGGAGCUGCAGACGAUCCUCAACCGCAUCAUCGCCAAACAUAAAGACCUGCGCACCAAAGGGUUCAGCGUGGAGUCGUGCCGCAGUAUGGUCAACCUGAUGGACAAAGAUGGGAACGGGAAGUUGGGUCUGGUGGAGUUCAACGUCCUAUGGAAUAGGAUCCGUAAUUACCUGUCAGUGUUCCGCAAAUUCGACCUGGACAAGUCUGGCAGUAUGAGCGCCUAUGAGAUGCGGAUGGCACUGGAGGCAUCGGGCUACAAACUGACCCAAAAGCUGCACCAGCUCCUCAUCACGCGCUACGCCGAGCCCGACCUCGCCAUCGACUUCGACUCCUUCGUCUGCUGCCUCGUCCGCCUGGAGACCAUGUUCCGUUUCUUCCAGGCGAUGGAUGGGGACAACGACGGCGUCGUCACCUUUGGCUUGCUGCAGUGGCUGCAGCUCACCAUGUUUGCCUAAGCGCUCCGUGGGACGGCGCCGACCCCACAGCAAGGCUGACCCUACAGCAAGGCUGACCCCACAGCAAGGCUGACCCCACAGCAAGGCUGAUCCUACAGCAAGGCUGACCCCACAGCAAGGCUGAUCCUACAGCAAGGCCAACCCCACAGCAAGGCUGACCCUACAUCAAGGCUGACCCCACAGCAAGGUUGACCCCACAGCAAGGCUGACCCCACAGCCACCUUUUGGGGCAAAUCCAUGCGAUUUCCGUCACUCCGCCCGCACCGCAGCGGGGUUUUGCUUUUGGGAUGGCAGCGAAUCAGGGAUCUCCUGCAGGGUGCCCUUAUUUUUGUACUCCCUCAACCCUACAAACACCCCGAAGUGCCGAUUCAACCAAAGCUCGGCCCUUUUUUCUCCCCUUUUCCCCCCCUUCCCCCCUUAUUUCCCCU